UUUUUCUUUUUGGGGUUUUUUCGUGAAAUUUUCAAAUAUUUUGCGCCAAAAUUGCAAUACAAAUUGGCCCUAAAUCGCAUUUUCAAGAAAACAAUUGGUGAAGAAGAUGAAAAAGCAACCUGAAAUACUACCAUUGGGACAGCGGUCAAUUGCUUCAACUUUCCUCUUUCGUUCUCCAAAUCAGUCUACUGGUUGUGAGAAGAAAUUGGACAGCAGAGGUUCCAAUCAAAAGGGUUCAAGCAUAUCUCUAUCUGACUUCCUCAGCAAAAAAUUGCACAAAAGUCCUGUUUUGCCCGGAGUUGUUCCAGGAAAUAAGAAAUUCUCGGUGCCAGCAUGUAGUAAAGACACAAGUAAGUGUGUUAAUGGACGAUUCAACCGUUCGAAAGAUGGAGAAACAGGAAUUCCUUGUGCUCUUGAUGCUAUUUUUGAACAAUACAAGAACACCAUGAAAGGAGACCAAUAUGUUUCUGCUCCUAAUGAUCUUGGUGAUGUUUCCGUUUCCGUCACAAAUGAUGUGAGAACAUCAAGAAAAAGAGGUUUAAUUGAAGGUAGCAGCGGAAACCAAUCAGCUCGAAAGGUUUUGGCAGUUCUUGGAGAAGGUUCAGCAGAAAAGCCCAGAAGAAAAGUGAGAAUGCUCGAUAACAUUGAGAAACCUAGUACUCUCUUCAAUCAUUAUGCAAAUGGAGGUGGCUGGUGGGAUUGCAACAUGGAAGGAGUUGAUAAUGAAGAAGUGGGGUGUAAUGAAGUAUGGGAAGGAAUGGGUUCUACAACUCUAGGGGGAUUGGAAUGGCACUGAACUAAGAGAUGUGAGGAGAGAAAUGACUGUAUUUUUUGUAAUACUACAAUAGCAUAUACCGAGUGUAAUCUCAUAGAUGAGGUUUGGGGUGGUUAGUGUUGCACAAAUUUUACCCCUACCUCGUGGAGGUAGAUGUUGUUGAGACUCUUGAUGUAGGAGUUGUUUGCUUAUUGUAAUAACAUAUGCUGUUUUAUUACAUCCUAAUUUUCUUAUCAAUAAGAAAAACUAUAUA